UUCGUUGGUAGGAAUGGGACUACAUGAUUAAUGAUUAUGUUAUGUUUCACAGCAACCAAUGAAUACUUAGGUUGUCUCUAAAAAUAAAAGAGAAAACCAAUUUAUCCUCCCAUAAAAUGAAUCUGCGUCUGUGGGAUCUUGGUCGUCGUCUUCUUCUUCCCCAUCAAGUUCUGAAAGUAAGUGAUGAGAGCCGCAGAGGAUUGGAGCCGCUGAAACUGCAAAAGAAGCUAGCUUGGAUUUCAUUUUCUACCCAGAAUCCAGAAGGCCAAACAAUGCAUUUACCUGCCAUUUUUGUAGGUUUUUUAUUUCUGUAGGGGAGUUGCAGGUGCCCAUUUCAGAUUCAUAAGAAAAAGGAACCAUUUUUUUUUUUUUCUGGAUAUAUUGAUUCAUGUAAGAAAUUGUUUCUCUCAGCUCCCAACUAACAUAUCAAUUUUGUUCAGUAAGAAUGCCAUGCUUAAAAUUUUGUAGAAAUGGUGUAUGGGUCAAUCCGAAAUUUUGAAUUUUAGCUGAUGGAUGAACUCUCAUACGACUGUUACUUGGGAAUCUCUGCACCAAUGUGUUAUUCCUGGAUUGCCUGAUGAUUUGGCAUUGAGAUGCUUGGCAAUGGUGUCUCAUGGGUACCAUGGAUUGCUCGAAACUGUCUCCAAGACGUGGAGAGAUUUAUUGCGCAGCUCGGACUAUGCCAACUAUAAAGCUAGAGAAGAAUGGUGCGGCAACUGGCUGUUUGUACUUACAGAAGGAUCUAACAAUGAGUGGGUUGCUUAUGAUUCUGAAGCUGAUAGGUGGCAUCCUUUGCCAAAGAUUCCCACGGUUCAUGGUGACUGGAAACACACUGGAUUUUCGAGUAUUAGUGUCUGCAACCGAUUUUUCGUUAUUGGAGGGUCCUAUGAGCAGAACUGAUCCACCGUUCCCCACAAAAAGCCUUUGGUAACAAAUGAGGUUAUGCUGUUUGAUCCGUUUAAGAAACAAUGGACCAGUGUGGCAAGCAUGAUCACACCGCGUACUCAUUUUGCAUGUAGUGUUGUUUCCGGUAAAAUUUACGUUACUGGGGGCCGCAACUUAUCUUGCACCAGAGGGCUUGCUCUUGCCGAGGUUUAUGAUCCAGUGGCUAAUAAAUGGGAGGAGUUGCCGCCAAUGCUUAAUCCUCAGAUGGACUGCUUAGGUUUAUCAUACAAAGGCAGAUUUCAUGUUCUCAGUGACCAAGUAGGCCUGCCGGACCAAAAUACCUCCGAGGUUUUUACUCCAUCCGAGGGAACAUGGUGCACCGUGGAAGACAUCUGGCCUUUUUCUAGGGCAAUGCAAUUUGCAGUUCAGGUGAUAGGAGAUAAUCAAAUAUAUACUGUUGUAGACUGGGGCGAGAGCUUGAUUAAAACAAGGGAUACUGAGGGAGAGUGGUACAACAUAGGCUCAGUUCCAUCGGUGAUUUUUCGCGAUCACCCUCGGCAGCUGGAGGCUUUUGGCUACGGUUUUGCUGCCUUAAGACGCGAACUUUAUGUUCUGGGAGGGAAGGCUCUCAAGUGGGAACAAUCUGGUGCCGGGAGGUUUGACAUUGUGAAGUUGGGUGUGGUGAGGGUUUGCAACCCCUCGGUUAAGCCAUUAAAAUGGAGGGAAACUAGACCGAUGACUGGGUCAGCUCGUGGCACCGUGAUAGGGUGUGCAUCCAUGGAAGAAGAAUCUUCAUUUUGAACGCGGUAAAGUUGCAUGCCGACGCGAAAAUCGGUUGAUUUUCAGCUGCCUAACUGACUAACUGACAAGAAAAGCCUUGCCGGAAGAAUGUAAUCAAAUUUGCCAAAGGAAGCUGCUUUGGCUUUUGAUUCUGUAAUGCUACAAAACUGUGUACCACCAAUGUGUUUUGAAACUAUAUAAUUAAAUUAAAUUGAGAUUUAUUUUUUAA